CCUAUAACCUAGUGAUCGACAUUAUCGUUAGGCUAUAGGUAUGGAAAAAUAUCUCUGAGACCUUUUUAUUUUUAUUAAUAAAAUACAUAUUCGACAGAAAAAAGAUGGCGAUAGAAAAAGACGACUCAAGAUCUAGGUUUUUAGAUGGCGGCACUCGAUUGGAUUUGGGGAUUCUGCAAGGUUUUUUCAGGGGUUAACAAGGAUCUUCAUCAGGAUCAUGUCUCUCUUAUAUUGCGCGAGGAAAGGAAGCGUUCAUGGGACAGGGAAGAGGAUGGAAAACGAAUCAAGUAGACCGGGUACGAGCUUGAAAAGGAUUCGACGAUUUGCGAUUCAAUUGCAGAUAAGGGUCUCUCUUUGGGAUUCUAUGGAAAUUGAAGGAAAGAUCGGAUCUUUGGGAUUCGCGAUGAACGGGAAUACAGAGGAUCUAAAGGCGAUAAUGGGUUUCAGAGAGGAUAUGGAAUGUUGGAGGCAAUCAUCAUUUGAGCAAGAGGAACCUGGUGUAGUAAGUUACGAUCAAUGGAUGUCCUUAUACCCCUCGAACAAAUCAUCACUGGAAAAGGAAGCUAAGAAUAACACUUUCUUUACGGUCUGGUGGGUUAAAAGUAUUGAAGUUGUACAAGCACAAAGUAUAGGCUUGAGUGGCCAGCUUGCUCUGUUUACUCGUACGGACUUAACAGGUGUAGCCAAGCUGGAUAUGCCUACUAUAGCUCUGCAGCCUAUAUACACAACUUGUAUAUUACAACGGGACAUAGAGAAAACAAAGAAAGAAAAAAUGGAUCAAAGUUUGUACAGCAAGUGCUUGGUUAUUUUGUCAGUAAUGGGGAUGAUCGGAACAUCAUCUGCGGCAUAUGCUGGGGGCCCGUGGCGCCGUGCCUCAGCCACCUUUUACGGGGAUGAAACUGCCCGCGAAACCAUGGGUGGGGCUUGUGGCUAUGGCAACCUAUGGAACAGCGGCUACGGUGCAGCCACGUCGGCAUUAAGUACAGUGCUGUUCAACGAUGGUUACUCGUGCGGUCAGUGUUUCCAAAUAAGGUGUGUGUCGUCGCCUAACUGCUACUACGGUUCACCAGCCACCGUGGUGACUGCAACCAACAUAUGUCCACCGAAUUGGGGUCAAAAUUCCAACAACGGUGGGUGGUGUAAUCCGCCACGUGCCCAUUUUGAUCUGACUAAACCGGCUUUCAUGAAAAUCGCAAAUUGGAAGGCUGGUAUCAUCCCCAUCUCAUACCGGAGAGUGGCUUGCAAAAGGACUGGAGGAAUAAGGUUCAAAUUUGAAGGAAAUGGAUAUUGGCUUCUUGUGUACGUGAUGAACGUAGGUGGUGCUGGCGAUAUAAAGACCAUGGCCGUUAAAGGUAGCCGCACGAACUGGAUCAACAUGAGCCACAACUGGGGAGCUUCGUACCAAGCUUUCUCUUCUCUCUAUGGCCAAUCUCUCUCGUUUAGACUCACCUCCUACACCACUCGUCAGACCAUUUACGCUUGGAAUGCUGCUCCGGCUAGCUGGAGCGCCGGCCAGACCUACAAGAGCAAUGCUAAUUUCAGCUGAUUCGAUUGAAAAGGACAAAGUUACGGUUUUACUCUUUGUAAUCUUGAGGCAGAUCGAUCGAGGGGAUAUCUAAUUUUUAAUAACUCGAUUUGAUUGUAUGUAGUGGUAACUAAUUCUUGUGUAUUUUGUUUUGUCCAUCAAUGGUUAUGAGAAAAAGGAUGUCUCGUUAAUUGGCUUCAACGAGACAAAUUGUUGAACCCUUCGUGUUUAAAUUUUGUUUUUUUCGUUUUGA